AUGACACGUAGAAGUACAGUUAUUGUAGUUGGUGGACCAGCAGGUACUGGGAAGUCAACUCAAGGUGAACUAUUUGCCAAGAACUUAAAUUGUCCGCUUAUUGAGGGAGAUGAUUUGCAUCCAAAAGAGAACGUUGAUAAGAUGGCAAGAGGACAACCUUUAACUGAUGAAGAUAGAUGGGGCUGGUUAAAGGAAUUAAGUGAAGUUGCCAGUACUAAAGCAUUAGAUGAAAAUAAUGAAUCUGGUCUUUGUGUGGUCACUUGUUCGAUGUUAAAGAAAAUAUAUCGUGAAUUUAUUAAAGCCAAUGCAAUUCAAGCUUCUGAAUUAAAUUUCAGAUUUGUGUUCUUAUACACUACAUUCGAGGAACUCGUGAAACGUGUUGAAUCUAGAAAAGGUCAUUAUAUGAAAUCUGAAAUGGUUAAGUCUCAAUAUGAUAUUAUGGAAAUUCCAAAGGAUGAAGAAUUGGGUGAAGCUAUACCAAUCGAUACUACUAACAAGACUCCAGCAGAAAUCUUUGAAGAGAUAAUAACAAAGGUCAAAUUUACUUAA